CUGCCUGCUGGCCUCCUCUUUGUGAACAAAAAGAACGAUAAAAGAGGCUGAUCUUUACUCACUUCCAUGGCAACGAGCUUCCCUAUUUUGAAAUGAAAGUUACAUGCAAAAGAACACUUGAAAGUAUCCUUUGAGCAAAGAUCUUGAUUUGAUUUUCGACUUUAAAGAAUGAAUGAAUUAUUAUCGCAUGAUUUAAAAUGCGAUUUACGAAAUCAGGAUGCAAGAAAUCCGCGGAAGAAAAGUGAUGUUGAUAGAGACUCUCGGCCUAGCCAUUACUUAGCAGAGCCAUAUGAAGAAGAAGCUUUAUUCAAAAACCGCCCUCACACAACCUUGGUAUUUGAAAGGCAAUUAGACAGAAUAUUCCAUUGGACUGCUGACUGGGAUUUCGAAAAAAAAUGCACUUUUGUGGAACAACUUCUCCAAGUUUGUAAUUAUAUGAUCAUCAGGUUUUUGUGGACUGUUUUGGAGCCACUGGUGCACAGAGAUUUUAUCUACAACAAAUUUGAUCCCUUUCCAGGCAGCACUUUUCAUACUCUGUCCAGUUAUAUUACUAGAGAACUUUAUGGAAGGUUAGAGAAGAUUGUCAAUAAAUACAGGCGUAAAAGAGGUGAAGUCUAUCGAAUUCCAAGCAGCAUCGUAAAAGAUGAAGCAUCAGUGAAAGGAUGGGCAAGUGAAUCUGUUCUGCCCGUUAUCAAAGGAUUUGAAAACGAAAAGAUUUUGGAAUCAAGACUGACUCUGACUAGAUCGAAGGCUUCUCCAUCAGUAACAAAAGACAAAUCUGCUCUACCCUUAAUACAGUUGCAAUGUAGCACAUCAGUUGGAAGCAGGCACGCUUCUCGCAGACAGAAGUCUUUGAAUGAUAUUCCCUUACGUCAUCAAACCAAGCAAAGACAUCUCCAGCAAGAUGAACUUUACCAGAAUAAACCACAAAAGGACAGAGAGGUGAUAUUCAGAAGCAGCCAUGAAAGAAGCCACAUGAAAGUCUUUCUAAAGACUCGAUCAUGUUCUUCGCUGGAUAGCUACAAAGAGUCUCGCAGAGAUUGCAAACCAAGGAAUACAAGAAGUCAAACUUCAUUGUCAACAUUCACAACGACCUUUGCUAAAAGUGAGACAGAGGAUAAGCAUGACAAAAUUCUUAUUCAAUGGUUCCAUAAUCAUUGGAAUGAUUGGCAGAAAAAGGAAUUUUUGCAGCUGUUUAUUCAGACCCUCGAUACCGGUCAAUUAUACCUUUUGUAUGGGCUGAUCAUGGUGCGGCUGUAUCGCGAUUUUAUUUCGCUCCUGCCAAGGAACCUAUCCAUCAAAGUAUUGUCAUAUCUACCACCAACAGAUCUGCUGAAAGUCGCAAAGGUGUCUCAUAAAUGGAAAGAGCUGGCGAGUGACAAUGAACUAUGGCGACUAAAGUGUCGCGAAAGACGAGUGGGUCUCUCCCAAACGCCUGUAAAUUGGAAGGACAUGUACAUUAGGUAUGACAACCUAGAGGAAAACUGGUGCAAGGGGAAAUACACGGUCACUGAAUUUCUUGGGCACACUGGAAGUGUUAUUUCAGUCCAACUUUACAAGAAUUUGCUUGCAAGUGGGAGCGUCGAUAAAACAAUCAAGAUAUGGAAUACUGAUACAGGGGAACUCGUUCAAACACUCAAAGGUCAUUCUAAAGGAGUUUGGGGCCUUCGUUUCAUGUCAAGAACACUGCUUAUAAGCUGCUCAAAUGAUCACACAAUCAAGAUCUGGAAUCUUCGGACGAACACGUGUGCAAGGACAUUUUUAGGCCACGAUGGAGGCGUUUGGUGUAUUGAACGCAAAGGCGAUCUCUUGGUCAGUGGCUCUGUCGAUAAAACGGCCCGUCUCUGGAACCUAAGACAUUGCAGAUUAAAAGCGACUUUCUCUGGUCACUCUGGUGCAAUAUUUGGUAUCGAUUUUGACCCACAGCGUGGAUUUGUAUUCACAGGAUCAGCUGAUAAGACUAUUCGCAUGUGGAAUAUGGUAACAACUGAAUGCGUGAAAUGCAUCAUGAUUUCUUCAGGUCACCACCCGGUCACUGCUGUAGGAUACCACGAGGGUGUUCUAGCUUGUUCCUUUGGAAACAAUUUGUCUCUUUGGGACACACACACAUGGGAAAACAUCGGGGACUUCAAAGGCCACAAAGAAAGGAUAGAGGCAUUACAAAUAUCCUCUAGAGAAGCUAAUCGAAAAAGGCCGCUGAAGGUUAUAGUGAGUUGUUCCAGAGAUGGGAAGAUCAAAUAUUGGAAUGCAGAAAGUUGUGUUUGCUUGAACUCGUUCAGAGGCCACGAGGACGCUAUAACAAGCGUGGUUUUUGACGAAGCGAGAAUAGUCACUGCAUCACAAGACUGCAUUGUAAAGCUUUGGAAUUUUCUCAGCUAGUGAAGAGAAACGAGCGCUGCAAGAAAGAUACCUUCUCUAUCAGUAGUAGUUCUAAUGUAUUGCAGUCCCAACAGAUUGGAAUACGACAAAUUAGAAUGUUGGAUUUGUAUGAUGAAACGGUGUUUAGAUUUCCUAGAUUUCCCUAAGUAUAAAUUUUUGGAGUGUUUGGUUUUUCAAAGGUAAGUUAUUACAGGUAAGCAUAUUCUAAAGCGAGCAAUUAUGACGGUGAGAUAUCUGACACUCAUUAGCUAAAUAGGUGUCUGUCUUUUUGACGAUGGUGCACCUGUGAAGGUACCGUAAAUUCUCGAAUCACCCUACCCCUUAGUAUAAGCCUCCUCGAAUUAUCCUCAUCCUAGCAUUAAAAUGGCUAAUAAAAGCUUACCAUCUAUCUAGUCCCAAUCCAAACAUGACCUAAAAUUAUGUAUCCCUUAUUCAAGCCUCCUGAUAAUUUUCAAAGUGUACUUUAAUUAUACAAUAAACUAUAUUUACCUUAGCUUUUAACGUGUUUAGCCCCCUCCCAAUUUUUUUCAGCCCUGCAUCAACUUUGUAAUGUGCCCCCUUGUCCUGAUUACAAGGGUAGAGAUUAGUAUAUAUUUUUUUACAAAUGACUUGUAAAUUAUGUUGAUAUUUCAAAGAUGUGUGUUCAUAGCUGAAUAGAUAAUUCACUGCUUUGAGCUACUUUCUGUCUACAACCCAUUGAUACUAAAACCUGCUUCAUCUCACAGACCUGUUUGUAAGUAAGGAAUAAAUUGGGCAAACUUGAAAAAUUUUGAGAAAAGGUCAAUAGAACUGAAAAGGUCCAUUGUACCAGAUAUUAUGUUUGUGGGCCUAGGAGGCAUUGGGAAGGAAGGUUGCAGCCCCCCUGAUCAGGCAAAAUGUAUUGCACUUCAGGCUCCAUUCAAGCAGUUUAGCAGUGAAAUUCUGGCAAGCCCCCUUAAAAGUUUUGAAUCUGCUUUGUCCAUGAUUAUGUAAGAUAUAAAUGCAGAUAUUCACAAAUGCAACAGAUAUUAUCCACAACCAUAAUAUUCCAACAAGGGGUUAUGUUGUUACAUGGUUUGAUUGCUACAGUCACUACUGGCUUUGCAAAAUUGCUAGUUGGUAAGCAAAAUGGUCUAGCUCUCCAUCAAUAAAUGUUACUUUUUAGGGCAUUCCAUCCUCAUUUUAGAAUUGUUUCAAUGGUACCUUCUUAUUUAUGCCUUCUAAUUACAAUCACUUGUUUCUUGAACACUUCAUUCAGUACAUUUAUAUGUCAUAGCCACAAAAUUUCUAUUAGGUAUAGAGUGUUGCAAUUAUAUUCAUCUUCAACAUACAGCCAAAUCUGGCAUUAUCUAAUUAUCUAAUUAUCUAAAAACCGCAAUUUUUACAUCCACAGCAUAAAAAUACUUGUCAAUACAUAUUUCAUCUCAUUUAUAAAAACCUCUAUCUAAUUACAUCCCAAAAUCAACCUAGAAAGAAUGUUUUUAGGGCCGAUUCAUCAAAUAAAAAACUUUGCAUUCUACGUUGUUGAAUUUCUAAAUCAAUGCUCAAACGCAAGCAAAAAAAUUUCAAAUUUCCCAACACACAUGCAAAACAAUCACACUUCAGGCUCACACCAAAAACAAAAACACUCAUAAACAACAACACAUAAUAAUAGCUCAAGGGCGCACAGCAAACAAUGUCAACAGAGGAAACAAGCAACAACACAAAACUCACAAAUAAGAACAAAGCAACAAGGUGACUCUCCAUGCACACAACACUUUACAGUGAUAUGAUUUUUGAAGAUUGUUUCUUGAUUUAAAUAUAAAUCUAAUUUUCAAAAUCCUUGACUUAAAUCAAAACAAGAAUAUGACUUUUAUUGGAAAAAUACUGUAUAAUUUAUUAACACCAAAUCUAAAUAGGAAGGGUAUAUAAGAAUCAUAUAUAAAUCAUUAAAACUGAUCAAAUUGGAUCAAAAUUUAGUUGCUGGAUUUCUUGUUGCCAGAUUUUUUGUUUCUAUUUUCCAUCAUAAUACAAAAAGUUCAAAAAUAUUCUUGCAUUUUUUGUUUUAUCUGUAUCUGUCAUGUCAUUUCAAUCAUCUAUUUAAUAAAAUCUUACUCAUAACAUAAAUUUAUUACCGAUGUACUAUAUAUAUUUGUUUGGAAAAGUAUAAGAUUAUCUUUAAAAAUGUUUAUUCUUUUGUUGCAACAUAACUUAGAUUGAAUGAUUCUCCAGCAUAAUUUUUCAUGACAACUUUUGAAAAGCCUGCUUCUUUCAGCAUUUGUGUAGCCAGCUCCCUUCCCCAGCAAGUACCCAGGCCAGCUCCACCUUCAAAAUAAAGACUGACAGGCAUGCAAUGCAUAAGACUAUAGGUAUACUUCAAAGUUGCUUUUGAAACAUCUAUAUUGUCAGCAGGAUGACUGUGUGCCUCAACAUCAAUCAUUGAGAAAAUCCCACCCUUUUUCAUCAUCUUGAAAAUGGAUGACAAAACAGCAGCUGGAUAUGCUUGAUCAUGGAUUGCAUCAUGGGCUGAUAUGUAGUCAAACAUUUCCUCAUAUUCUGGAUAAAACUUUGCACAGUCUUUCACCAAGAAAUUAAUAUUUUGCAAUCCCAAUUUAUCUGCCUCUUCUUUAGCAUGAGUUAUUGCCUCUUCAGAUAAGUCAAAACCAUAGAAUUGACUUUUUGGAUACUCUUUUGCUAAUAACAGCCCUGGGCUUCCCAUCCCACAUCCUACAUCCAGGCAACAUAUACCUGACUCCAGCUUCUCAUGCAAGCCUUCUAUUGAUGGUAUGUGAUGUUGUAACAAUGUCAUCUUGUGGCCAUACGAUGACAAUGAGUCCAUCCACGCAUGGAAUCCAGCAUAGCUAUCAUAUGAUAUGCCUCCACCCUUACUAAAACAUGUUUCUAACUGAGGUAUAAUUGGUGGGAACAUUGUGAAGAAUACUUCAAAGUUGAAUCUGGUAUAAGGGCUGUUUAGAAAUUUCCUACGGUUCCUUGGAAGGAAAUAGGUAUUAGUCUCUUUGUCAACAUUUAUCACCUUUGCAACUGCCAAGAUUGCCAACCAUUCUCUAACAUAUCUGAUGUAAAAGAUAAAUUUUGAUUAUACAUACACAAUAUGAAGAAACAAUACAUUUUGAAUAAAUUGAUUUACUCUCUAAACAGCUAUAAAAUUAAUAGCGCAUCCCAAAAGACAUUAAAUUUCAGUGCCUGGUUUAUUGGUCAAUGACAGAUUAAAACGCAUAAAAUUUGCGAGAGAGGCAAUAAAAAUACAACAGUAUCUUUUGGACAAACCUCCCUUCAAAUUUGUUGUGGCUGCGAGCACAAACUGUUUUGCAAAGGGUGCCUGCAAGACUUUUUUCAUACGCAAUGCGUAGUAUAUAAAAUCAGGGCUUCCAAUGGAAAUGUUUUCAAUGGGGGCGUGCGAUAGCGCGCAAACAUGCAGACACGCACUCAAGGAAGCCCUGAUUUUAUAUACUAUUCCAUAAGAACUAUUUUAUAGUGCUUCCAAUGGGGUGCAUGCGAUAGCGUGCCAGCGUGCAGGCACGUGCCCGAGGUUAUCUUUGAGACCAAUUAGUCGUGCCAAAAAUUUGUAGCGAUUGAGUCCUAAAUUUUUUUCGAGCAAAAAAACAAAUGGCAGCUGGUAUUAUUGCUUGAUAUUGUUUGAUACAAUAACUAAGGAUUCUUUCAACUUUUUUAAUAUUUUAACCAUUAUUUUUGAAUUUUUAAUAUUUUUAAACGGAAGCCUUCAAUCAAUGACCGAUUCAACCAAUAGCUUGCUGCAGCAACGCAAACAGAAUAAAUAAUCAUAACAAGAUCUUUGGAAAUUUUGUUCUUCCUAAUUAGAAAAAUCUAUUAUUCUCUUUUUGCUACAUAAAUCACUUCCACAAAGCUUAAUACUAGAAAUAGCUCUUGCUAGUACUGCCCGCAAACAAUUAGUUCCUUGAUAAUGAUUGUUUUGAAAAUUAAGGUCAGGAUAUUCGAAGAAGACACCAUCUUGGGUUUUCACAAUUCUAUAUAAACAGCUGCUCUAGUUGAUGCUAAACUAUUCUUUUUAUCAAGAAUUUUUGGUGUUCAGUUUGCCUUUGAUUUAAGUCCAACGCCCUUUUGGAAAUCAUGAAGUUUUUCGAGGGUUUGACAUUUUUUUUUCGAUAAUCACGACAAUCAUAACUUUUGCUCGUACGGUCUCGAGUUUUUGGGAGAAAAGUGUGGCAUUCGACUGGUUUUGAUUCCCAAAACUUCGAAUCAAAACUUCCAUCCAUUGCGGAGAACCGAGCUGUGAUGCAGCACCGUUUUCGUGCCAAAAAAACCGAAGGCCUUUAACAGAGUCUUGGCAGAGCAACGCUCCGAAGAUAAUUCCCUUCCGCACAAAGAGGUGGCGGUUAACGACCUCCUCGACAAAGCCGAUUGAUUGACAAUGAAAUUAAUUGACAGUUGUCAUGGCAGCAGAAAAGUGACAAAAUCUGCUGAAAAAGUGCUGACAACAUGAACUGAAGCUUCCAUAUGCUACUUAUAUGCGGGGCAGACUAUAAGCCCUUCACUCGCGCGCGUUAGCGCGCGAGUUGCGGGCAAUUAACAUAGUGAAACUUGUAGCUUAAUUUUUUCUCUAAAUUCUUAAACAAUUGAAAACUUUGAACAAGUCUAUCUAAGACUGCUCAUUCAGAUGUGCCUGCAGACGUAAUUUGAUUGGCACGGUUUGCCUGUGAGCGGUGCUCAAGCACUUUAACAAGGCCUGUUUUUGUAGUGAUGAUUUUUUUAACCAAGAUGGCGUUUCAUUUAUAUAAAAGAGUAAUCCAUAUAGAGAAGCUGUUUCAGUGCAUGGCAAAUUGAACAGACAGAAGGAUCACUAGCAGUUGUCACACUUGUGGCACUUGUCACCUUUGAUAGCAGCUUUACCACAAGAAUCACAGUUCUGCAGAAAAAUCAAAAUCAGAUUUGUAGUUUGUUUGAAAAAUUGUAUUUGUUGUAUGCAACAGAAACCUCAUGUUUCCUUUUCUACAAAAUUUCAAUUCUUUUCACAGGAAAAACAGAAAGUGUAAUCACGUUUGAAAAAAAUUGCUUAUGUUUAAUAAGUACAAAUAACGAAAACCAAUUUCAAAUAAUUAAUCAAAAUUAAGAUGAUAAUAUAUAUCAUUACAGACUGUUAGAUAGAUGGCUGCAUGUCAUAGCUGAAAAAAAUCGAAGUGUCAAAUCCAUGUAGCUUACACCGGAUAUAUCCGGCGUAGACUAACGAUUUCCCAUUGUCUUUCUAUAGUUUAUUGGCAUAUGUCCGGCGUGAGUUUCACAUGGAUUCCACCCUGGGUUAUACAUAAAGGUGAAACUAAAAGGUUGACCAUUUCUGAGAAAAAAGGGCAAAGAUGGAUUUUUUUGGUAACACUGCAAAUUAACAAAGUUUGGUUAUUGUUCACUGUGAAAUGACUACUUGCAGGCUCUCUAAAUUAUAGAAUUACAAGUUGAAAUUUGUAUUUUCCUGUUUAGUACAUUUGUGAAAGUGCCAGUAAAUUCAGCAAGUUGAACUUUGUACUGUUUAGAUGUUUUGCAUAGAGGUACCCCAAUACACUAUGUAGGUUGAAAAAGUUUCUGAUAAAAAAACCAGAGGUGGCGGCAGAAAUCUUCCGACAGAGGGGCUGGAGCUUCCGACAGGGGGGCUAAAAUGACUAAAAUAAGCAGUUUUCGUACGUUAUUUUGUCAAAUUUGCUCCGACAAUAACCUAAAAUUUCCUCCGAUGGGGGGGGGGGGCUAGAUGCUUCCGACGGAGGGCUGUAGCCCCCCUAGCCCUCCCCUGGAGCCACCACUGAAAAAAACACCGAAUUGUUACUGGUUAAGCUUCUAGCAGUUUUAAGCUGUCUAUGAAGCUGAAAAGACGUUUGCUGGUGACACUAUCCUAUCCUAUCCUCUCUUGAAUCCGUCUAGCACACGCAUGCAACCAUACCAUAGUUUAAGCUGUUUUAACAAAAGAGAUAAUAACAAUAAAUAUCUAACAGUAUCUUCCCCCACCCACCAUUCAAGUAAAUUAAACUCCUUGAAAAUUUCAAAUAUCAUAAUUUCGUUGUUAGAAACGAGUCAUUGCUGAAGACAAACC